UCUUUUGUUAACCUGCUAGCAUGUUAGACGGCUAGAACAAAAGGUGGUUAAUGAGUUUAUUCGGUGUGUGUGUGGUCACUUAGAGUUAGAUUGGCAGCUUUUAUGUUUGUAUGGGUCCUGUGUUUUAUUUACGUCACGCGGCUAAGCUGAUGCAACACGGGGAGGUUUAGCUUUAUGGGUUGCCAUGAUGACACAGCCCGGCUCAAUAAAACCGGAUAGAGGACUGACUCUGUGAUUCUGUCGCAGCUAGCAAACGAGUUUGUARAGUCGAAGCCCGAUGAUGCUCCAGGAUGGCUCAACCCAGCUCCUCUGCCUCACAGCCGGCAGCGGGGUUCCUCUUUUCACCCGAGGGGCCUCCCGACAGCAGCUGCCCUUCUCCGUAAUCGGCUCCCUGAACGGCGUGCACCUGUUCGGAGGAGGUCAGGGAGCUCUGCUGUCCUGCUGCGGCACGGACAACGGGGGGAAGGUGACGUGGAGGGUGUUUCACGACAGCGUGAUGCUGAUCGCUGUGAGUGGAGGAGGAGGAGGUGGUGGACAUCAAGAGGAGGAGGUCCACCUGCAGCGCCUCCUGGAGAACGCGUGGAACUGCAUGGUGCUGGUGUUGGGCCAGGAUGAGCUGGCAAAUGUCAGGAAUGUGGAAAGACUGAAGAAGGACCUGAGGUCCUGCUUCAGCCUCAUCGAUCAGCUGCUGGAAGGGAAGCACCCAGGUAUCUUUGGAGACCUCACACACUGUGCUGAUUCACUGCUGCCACCGAACCUCACCCCCCUGCAGGAGGCUGUGGAUGGAUUUGCCCAGGCAGCUGACAGUGAGUUCGGUUGCCUCGUCGUCCACGGGCGCAUAGCUGCAGCGACCGAAAAGUGGUGGCGCCUGGCACCGCAAGAGGUCGUCCUGCUCUCUGCUUUGAUACGCACCUUAUCCGCCUCUGGAUCAUCCUCUUGCGAUUACCCGGUUUUCCUUCCUCAAGGCAGCCCCACUGUUGCCCACCGCCUGCUCUGCUUCAGGCUUCUCCCCGGUGCAAGUGUGUGUGUUUUGUGYGGUCCUACCCCACCUCUGCACAAAGCCGAGACCGAGCUGGUGGGUUGUUUCUGGUCACCCCUGGUAGAAACUUUGAGAAGCUGCCUGGCCGUCGGGGAGCGCUGCAUGCCAGGAUCCGUCUCUCUGCGGCCUGACGUGCUGGCACUCCUCCUCAUUAAUCGUGAAACCCGUCGUUCGGUCUCCUGCGUGCAGACUUCCACUCAUCAUCCACUACUUUCCAAAACUCGCUGCUGGGAGCUGCUGAAGGCCUUUUAUAUCUUCUGCAUUUCUCGCUACUUCGCUCAGGACGAGACGUGCGCUUCAACGGAGGAGAGCGCUCCGAGAGGCAAAACAGAAGACUUUAUCCUCGGGUUUUCUCACCAGCCUCAACAGUGCUAUCUAGUUACAGAAGAAUGUAAAAGCUUUGGACUUCAGACACCACAGCACCAGCUGUUUCUGCUUGUGUCACCAUCUGUGCCCACUUUUGCUGUACGCACAGUGGCAACACAAACUCUCUCUCAUAUAGUUUCAGCCACAGGGUUUUAAUCGAAUUGUUGUUGUUUUUGUURUUGCCAAAGGUUAAUUGUUUUAUUGUAGUGACCUAAUCAUAAAUUAUCAGUGUGUAGGGGUCACCUCGAGUGAAAAAAAUCAACCCCUACAAGUGCAAGAGAAGUUCAAAACAUCUGUGAUGUGAAUUUGUUUUGAUUUUUUUUUAUUCCUGACUGAAAUAAUACAGUUGUUUAAAAGUUCAGUUUCCUUUAUUGCUUUUUGUGAAUGCAAUUAUUUAAUUUACAAAUCAAAAUAAAAGAAAUGUAUUAAAUCUCUUUUAAGAGGUAAUUGCCUACCUUUGAAACACUAAUUUAGAAGAAAUUAACACAAGUUUAAAUGUAUUAAGUGAAGUGUUGAAGCUGCCUCAAACCUGUUCAAACUUGUAUCUCAAGUUGUGCUGUGAAAACUUUUAAUGUAGCUUGUUCUGCUUUUUUUUAUUUGAUGGAAAUAAAUUUGGUUUGGUACAUUUUUUACACAAGUCCA